GCAUCGCACAGCCAAUGGUGGAGUGGGCUGGAGUUGCCUCCCGCUCUGCCAGUCCCUCCUCGCGCUGUCCUCGACGUGCACGCGCGUGGUGGUACCCAACGCUCGCGAAGAGGAGGAGGAGGAGGAGGAUGUGGCGCGCGGAGGGGAAAUGGCUGCCGAAAACAAGCCGGAAGGACUGAAGAAAAUUCGUAAUCCGGAUCGAAUGUACAGAUCAGCUGUGUGUUAUUCCGGCCAUGCUGCUCCUAAGGGUGUCAGUGAUGACACAGAGAUGAACAAUGAACACGGACAUUUGAAAAUAUACCUGCCCAAAAAGCUGCUUGAAUGUCUACCAAAAUGCUCCUCGUUGCCAAAAGAGAGACACCGGUGGAACACGAAUGAGGAAAUUGCAGCUUACUUGAUAACCUUUGAGAAGCAUGAUGAAUGGUUAACAACAUCCCCUAAAACAAGGCCACAGAAUGGGUCGAUGAUACUGUACAACCGUAAAAAGGUGAAGUACAGGAAGGACGGCUACUGCUGGAAGAAGAGGAAAGAUGGCAAGACCACGCGAGAGGAUCACAUGAAGCUGAAAGUGCAGGGCGUCGAGUGUCUCUACGGCUGUUACGUGCACUCCUCCAUCAUCCCCACCUUCCACCGCAGGUGCUACUGGCUGCUGCAGAAUCCAGACAUUGUCUUGGUGCACUACUUAAACGUGCCGGCCAUAGAGGACUGUGGGAAACCAUGUGGGCCUAUCCUGUGCUCCAUCAACACAGACAAGAAGGAAUGGGCCAAGUGGACCAAGGAGGAGCUCGUCGGGCAGCUCAAACCCAUGUUUCAUGGCAUCAAGUGGACUUGCAGCAAUGGUAACAGCAGCUCUGGUUUCUCAGUGGAGCAGCUGGUGCAGCAGAUACUGGACAGCCAUCAGACCAAGCCUCCUCCCCGGACUCACAACUGCCUCUGCACGGGCACGCUCGGUGCUGGGAGCACCGUGCACCACAAGUGUAACAGUGCUAAACACCGUAUCAUCUCUCCUAAAGUGGACCCUCGCACUGGCACCUACAGCAGUGGUCACUCCGAGCUGCAAAACAGUGAUGUGUCAGAAGGCAAAACAGAACAUAGCCAUGCUGGCGGAAAAGCAGGCACAGGGGCCACAGGAGGGGGCACAUCACGGGAAAAACGCAAUGGAAAAGUGCAUAAGCCUGUACUACUGCACCAGAAUAGCACUGAAGUCUCAUCUACCAACCAGGUGGAAGUUCCGGAUACCACCCAGAGCUCGCCUGUGUCCAUCAGCAGUGGCCUAAACUCAGACCCUGAUAUGGCCGACAGCCCCGCUGUUACAGGGAUGAGUCACGUGGCCUCAGUAAUGAGCAGCCUAUCUCAGAGCGUCUUUAUGUCAGAGGUACCAGGCGAUCCAGUCUACAGCAUGUCCCCCACAGGUGGUGCUAAUGCUCACCUCAUGGGCCCUGAUGCCACCUCCCAUGGACUGGUGCUCACUGUCACCUCUGACAGCCAUAAGUUUGCCUUUCCGGGCAGUGGAGGCACAGAGGCAGGCACACCAGGAGCCACGGACGGACUAGCCAUGCUCUCUGCGGCUGGAGUCUCUGAGGAGCUCGUCCUUUCAAGCAGCCUGGAUUCAAGCAACAUCAAGCUUCCAGAGACCACCAUGAACUUUGACCCAGACUGCUUCCUGAAUAACCCGAAGCAAGGCCAAACUUAUGGGGGCAGUGGGCUGAAGCAAGAGAAUGGUUCUUCAGGUACCUCCUCCUCCAUGGCCAGCACCAACGACCUGCAGCACUCUCCGCCAAUGUCCAACUCUAGCUUCAGCUUCAGCGCAGAGAUCAUAAAGAACAUCAAGACUGAGGACACCUCCUUCGAACAGCAGCUGGCCAAGGAAAGUGCCUACCAGAUGGGGGCAGUGGUAAGCUGUAGUGUAUCCAACGGUUCAGGCUCGCAGAACUCACUAACAUUAACCCCAGCAGGCUCACUACUGCCUUCUGGAGGAGGACUGAGUCCCAGCACCACCCUGGAGCAAAUGGAUUUCAGUGCCAUUGAUGCAAAACCUGACUUCUCCUCCAGUACAUCAGUGGGUUAUGACCAGGCAAUGACCAACGCUCAUCUGGGCCAUCAAAGCCACUCUCCCAGUUUCUUCCUUCAGGACACACCACAGUCAGCCCAGAACCAGCAAGGCAGGCAAAAUUCAGGCCAGAAGAGCCAUUUACUGGAGCACAACUCACAUGACAGGACCUAUAUGGGCUUACAGGUGGUCAAAACAGACUCCCCUGGUACCAAUGGCCACCUACACCAUCACCAUGGCCACCAGAGCCAACAUAGACCCAACUGCAAUGGAAGCUCAGCCACAGAGAACCAAGGACAGAGUGGAUCUCUUCAACUACUACAGUAUCCAGGAGGCUUCUCCAGCCUUGGAACAGAGCAUGAGGAUGUGGUCGGUCAUGAUCAGGCUGGCAGUACAGCUUCCAGUCAGGCCAGUGGUGCCGAGACCAGAUCAGAUGGCUUACUCAAGCCUGGGGAUCACUUACAGGCCUGUGCAGGGGGCAACACAGAGGGUGGUGGAUCAGACCGCUACCUGCAGCAAGGGUCUGAGAAUGGAGUAAGCAAUGAAGCAGUGGCCCUAAGGAAUGGGAAUUCCAGCGACACCACUAAUGGCCAGCAGCAGCUGCAGCCUCUUCUACAGGGAGCUGGGCUGGUACAGGGGCUCUACAAUACAGUGGGGACCCACCAGAGUCUAAGUGGAGCUGGAGCUGGCACUACUGGAGGCACCGGCAUGGAAAUCAGCCUGGAUCACUUUGACAUCUCCUUUGGCAAUCAGUUCUCUGACCUCAUCAAUGACUUCAUUUCAGUGGAUGGAGGAGUCACUGCUGUGGGUUCUGGUGGGGCACUCUAUGCCCACCAGCUGGUGGCACCACCUGGCUCGGAUGGGCAGGCAGCCUCAGGAGGAAACCAGCAACAGGGCCAGGGGGAUGGGAACAACAGAGCAACAGGAUACAGCACUUCUGACCUCUGCCUCCAGCCUUGCUGCAGUCCCCAGGGUCUAGGUGGUGGAACGGCUGGUACAGGGGCCUCAGGGGACACAGGUUCACUUUCCUACAUGCAUGUAGCUGAUGUUGUGGGUAUGCUGCAGGCCACAGGGAGGCUCUUUAUGGUGACUGACUACUCCCCAGAAUGGUCCUAUCCAGAGGGUGGGGUUAAGGUGCUGAUCACUGGCCCAUGGCAGGAGGUUAGCAGUCAGUACAGCUGUCUGUUUGAUCAGAUCUCUGUCCCUGCUUCGCUGAUCCAGCCCGGUGUUCUGCGCUGUUACUGCCCUGCCCAUGACACAGGGCUGGUGACUCUGCAGGUGGCAGUCAGUAAUCAGAUCAUCUCAAACUCAGUGGUGUUUGAGUACAAGGCCCGUGCAUUGCCCUCUCUGCCUUCAUCCCAGCACGACUGGCUCUCUCUGGACGAUAACCAGUUCAGAAUGUCCAUCCUGGAACGGCUGGAGCAGAUGGAGCGCAGGAUGGCCGAGAUGGCCGGCCAGCAGCAGCAGCAGCAGCAGCAGCAAAGCAAUGGAGCGGCUGGAGGAGUAGGAGCAGGAGCAGGGGGAGGGGGAGGAGGAGCAGGGGGAGGUGGAAAUGGAGGGAACAGCAGUAGCAGCCAGUCUCAGUGUCUGUCAGGCCAAGGACAGGCGGGCAGCUCGUUUGAGAGCCGUGUGGUGGUCGUGUGUGAGAAGAUGAUGAACCGCGCGUGCUGGGCCAAAUCCAAACACCUGAUCCACUCUAAAACCUUCCGGGGAAUGACCCUGCUGCACCUUGCUGCUGGACAAGGCUACGCCACACUCAUCAAAACUCUCAUCAAGUGGCGCACGAAGCAUGCAGACAGCAUUGAUCUUGAGCUUGAGGUGGACCCACUUAACGUUGACCACUUCUCUUGUACACCCUUGAUGUGGGCCUGUGCUCUGGGUCACCUAGAAGCAGCCGUGGUUCUGUACAAAUGGGACCGCAGAGCUCUGACCAUCCCAGACUCUCUGGGCCGCCUGCCACUGUUCAUUGCUCGCUCUCGAGGCCACACCAAACUGGCUGAGUGUCUGGAGCAGCUCCAGAGAGAGGAGCAACAGCAGCCUCCCUCCACCCACAUGGCCUUCUCUCCUAACCCUGAUGCUCCCUCCUCCGACAGUUGGAUGGUCAGCUGGACCAACGACGGCAUGGUGACCCCCAGCAGCCACAAGAGCGGUGCAGCCAUUACCGCUACCACCAACCCCUCCAGCAACAUCACUCCUGACUUGAGACGCCCCAGAUCCGAGCCCUCCAGCUACUACAGCAGCGAGUGCCAGCGGGAUCUCCCUGCAGCUAAGAAACACAAACCAAACCCAGAAGUGGCUCAGACGCGGCCGAAUAAAGCCGUCUCAGUUCCCUUGAGUCUGGAGCACCAGCAGCUCCACAAGCUUUCCACCAGCCCAAACACACUCCCUGCAGAAACACCCAGUACUGAGCAAAACACAGCUGCUGAAGGCACCAAAACCGGUGGCAUUUCACAGACCAAGUUGAGCUCAUUUCGCACAGGGGGACAUAAGUGGAGCUCCAGGGAGGUGUACAGAAAAGUGUCAGGAGGAGGUGGAGGAAGUAGCAUGGGGAAGGAGAAGCUGGCGACCAGGCUGCGUCAGCGAGGAGAGAACCUUAGCAUGAUGACCAUGACAGACAGAGAGAUGGUGGACUCCGAGCUGCUCACCUAUAAGGACGACUUGGAGAACCAGGACUGUCUUUCACACAUGGAAGACCUGCAGGCAAACAUGAUGACCUUGGCAGAGCACAUAAUCGAGGCGACACCAGAGCGCAUUAAGAGGGAAAACUUCUCAGCUGUGGAGUCUGUUCCUCUGGACAGCAGCGGCCUGAGCAGCACCAUGAGCUGGCUGGCUACUUACCUGGGAGACGUGGAGCAGCUGCCCAGCAUCAUCCAUCUGAGGUCUCUAUAUAGUGAACCCCUUACCCCCAACCCGGGUCUGAGUCCAGACGGUUCCCCUCAGUGUGACAGUCCAUUUGAGAAAGGUGCUCUGCCCUCCCCGGCCAACUGGACUGAGUUCUUGAAUGCUUCUAACAGCAAGAUGGAGCGAGAACUGUCACAGCUCACCCUUACCGACCUGGAGCAGAGGGAGCUGUACGAGGCCGCUCGACUGGUACAGAGCGCCUUCCGCAAGUACAAGGAACGCCCACUGCGCGAGCAGCAGGAAGUAGCAGCUGCUGUCAUUCAGCGCUGUUACAGAAAAUACAAACAGCUAACAUGGAUAGCAUUGAAGUAUGCACUUUAUAAGAAGAUGACGCAGGCUGCCAUCCUUAUCCAGAGUAAGUUCCGGAGUUACCACGAGCAGAAAAAGUUUCAGCAGAGUCGACGGGCAGCCGUGCUGAUCCAGCAAUACUACCGCAGCUACAGAGAGUUCCGUCAGCUCCGGCCUCACAGACGCACCACCUCGGCCCUGGUGCAGCACAAGCUCAGAAGUAGUCUGCUCACUAAGAGACAGGAGCAGGCUGCCCGCAAGAUCAUGCGAUACCUCCGCCGCUGCCGCCACAGCCCCUUGAUGGACCAUAGACUGUUCAAGCGGGUGAGUGCAGCCUCAGCAACCCAAGUGAGAGAAUUGAGAAAGGCCAGGGAACAUGAGACUAUCCAGAAGAGCCCCCUCACAAUGUGACAUCCCUUUCCAGACUUCUUUUCCUGUUUUUUCUGUUUCAACCAGACCUUUUACUAGAGGAAAAAAAAAAAGAAUUCAAGCGGGAAGAGUACAGCUCUAUACAGAACUACACAGAACUACAGACUUCUGCUAUUAUACAACACCACUUUUUCAUAUCUCUUUCUUCCUUCUAUCUUUCUUUUGUAAGAGAAAGCGCUGACAUUAAGAGUGGAUUAAAAAAAACAAACAAACUCAAAGCGAGGAUGUGAUUGGAGGAAAAACAUUUGCUUCAUGGCAUUUUUUGCACUUUUCAUGGAUUUGGUUUGUUAUUUUGAAUCGCAUUGAAAAGAAAAGGAAAGGAUUUUGGAGCAGUGCAACUCUUCAGAGGAUCACAGAGAGAAGACGAAGAACAGGUGGAAAGACUGGAAAAAAUAUGGAACUGAAGGAGAAACCUAGCAGGACCUGGAUCGAAUUGUAGUAGAUUGUUUAAACAAAUUUAAUAUGUAGAAAUAUUACGAGGCAUAUGAAAAAAUGUCCAAAAAAUCCAUUUACAUCCAGUACAUGAGAAAAGACAUGUCUCUUAAUUAUAAAGUUGCAACCCAUUAUAUUAGUGACAAGACAGGACAGUCUAUGAAUGUGGAGGUGAGGCUAAAAAAAAGGAUAUCUAACAUUUCAGUUAGUGUUAUUCAUCCUUUUAAAUUCCAUAGUAACCUAUGCUUGAAUUGGACCAGUGCAAAAUCAGUGCAAACACAAAAGUACCAUGUCUCUGGGAAAAAAAAACAUUAUGUCUGUGUCCAUCAAUUUAUUUUAACCCCCAGUGAAUGUAAUGAAAAUUAUGAUGUUCCUAUUGGGCAAUUUGCUAUGGACCUUUUCAUUAUGUAAAUGUUUUUGAAGAAACAAAUUGCCUCAUUUUGGCUAGUAGUAGUCAUUGAUGAUGCUCUUAUUCUAUUCAAAUGACCUUCAUUGGCUCUUUAGGCCUUUAAAGGGAAGUUCACAGACAUUGCCUUGAUAUCUUAGAGAUUCUCUGAAGGGUCACUAAGCUAGCCCUCUCAACAGGGGUUGGAAAAAUCCAUAUUUUUGACGACUGAGCGGUUUCUGUACAUAAAGAAGGUCAAUGGAACAGUAUGUGAAGUAAAAACAUUUAUCUGAACAGGACUGUAUUUUAGAAAUAUAUUAUUUUAUUCAUUAUAAGGGGUCAAAACAGGAAGCCGAAAUCUGAAUAUUUGUAUAGUUUUGUUUGAAUGCCUAAUAAGUAUUGUUUGUACAUAUUGUAAAUACUCUGGGAUAAGAUGAGCUACGUGCAUGAAAAUCAAAGAUACUGAAAAAAAGAUGAUUUAAACAAACAGCAUUAGUGGCUAUGCUCUGUAAAACUUUCACUAUAAGAAUAUUUUAUUUUAUUUUGAAUGUUCUUAAGAAGAACAUUUUGCUAAAGCAUGACCUUACUGCAGAUAUGAAAAAUACCAUACUUUGAGGUAGAAGAAAACAACAAGCAUUAUCAUUAGACAAAAACGGUUACGUUUACAUCUGUUUGUUUCACGGGUUACCAAGAGUCUUUUUCUCUACUGGUGCCAAUUAAUGUGAAUGCUAACUGCUUAAUGAGAAAUAAUACAUUCAUCCUCGCUGAGCAGAAGACAAGGCAGUGAAAUGGGAGAACAUAAACUUUCAUCAAUUCAUCCCCACUGACCAGUGAAUACAAAGAAGUGCCACAGAGAGGAGAGGAUUUCAUAAGUAGCCUUUUAGUCUCCCACAUUUCUAUUGUUUCUCAUAUUGUAAAUUCAAAACACAAAGAAGUUUUAAAUCUUGUCUAUGAUUGCGACCAUCUGUAUACAAAGUGACCAUGUUAUAUAUUAUAAGGCUGCUCAUUUUUCAAUUUAAAAUGCAACACUGACAGAAAAAGCGGUGAUGGUUAAAGACUGGCAAGUCUUUCCUGCAUGAUGUGACUGGACAUUUUGGUGCUAAUAACAAUGAUUUAACAGGAUAAUGAGAAGAAACGCUUGGCCGAUGUUGCGCUUUGGCACUGAAUCAGCUGUUUGCACAUUUAGGCAGUAAAGUAGCUUAUGUCAUGUUCUAGCGGCUUUGGAGGUGCAUCACUUCCUGAGCGUGUAAUUAGGGUCCAACCAUAAACAGGCAGCACUUGAAAUAAGCUGAAAAUGAAAAUAAUGGCACACAAAAGGAUUUUUAAAUAAGGUCAUGAGUCUUAUUUAAUUUUCCAUUCAUUUCAAAUUUACUGUUUAAGUGGUGCCAUAAUGUGGUUGUCUUCUACAGCGGUUUGUAAUUAUUAUUAUUUUUUUUUAAUAUAUGUAUCUUUCAAAGUGUGAACUGUUCAGAGUGUUCAUGUGGGAAGUGCCUAUUCACAGCAAAUUUCACUCAGCAUGCAAUGUAACAAACUGGACUAACUGACUAUUUGGACAAUGUAAAAGUGACUCUCUUUCAUGCUGAUUAUUUGAUGUAUGUUAAUAUGUUUUCUUCCAAUAUGUUCUGUCACCAUAGCAGAAAGCUCAGUUUGUAUUUAAAGCCUGUUGGAACUGCCAGUCAGGAUUGCACACACAGUCCAGUGGCUGUUGCCUUGCAUUCAUUCAUUCAUUCAUUCAUUCAUUAUGAAAGCAGUUUAGGAUGUCUGCUAUUGCACUGCUGGAGCCACAUGAGAAGGUCUUAUUAUGCUUGCAUGGGAAACAUAGAUAACCGGGUGACUAAAGCGCACCCAGAGCAUGCUUAUUUUUGUAGAUUUGUUAGGCAGAUAGAUUUGAGGAAGAAAUAAUGUUCUAUAAAGCAAUGCUGGUUUAGUAGCUCAUACAACAUAACAGGAGGGUACAGGGGUAUUGAAAGGGAAGGCAGACGCGAGACAUUCAUUGUAUAGGAUUGAUCAGUAUUCACGUUUACUGGAGUGGCACACACAUUUCUCAAACAAGGUUCUAAUAGUUUCCCAUUGCGUUCAGUCACAUCAACAAGUCAGCUGUUGAUGUUCAUAUCUUCACGCCACUUUUACGCAUGCACAUAACAGUGAUGUGUCCUAUAUAUACAUGUAUACAUAUAUAAAUAUGAAACCGGGUCAGAACAUGCGUUGUACUUGCAGGAAGUGGAUAACCGCGACCUCUAGAGUGAAUCUCCUAGCGUUAGUGACAAGUUAGCCUCACUUUUUUGUAUUUUUACUCAGGGUGCCAAAACUGGGGAGGGGGAAGUGGAGCAGGUCACUGGAGAAUCAGCUGCUGCUUACUGGGAAAAUGAGCCAGAGCCGAGUCCUGAUCAACUUACUGUGAUUUUGAUUAUUCCAUGCUGUUCAUUUUUAUCGAAACAUACAAAGCUGAUUUGUUUUGUGUACCAUAGAAAUAACCACUGUCCCCGAAAAGCCCCAUCAAAACACAAAAUGACAGUAGGAAGAAAGGCAUCCCAUGCCAUACCCCAGGGUAAUGGAGGUAUAAUUAGUGGUGUGUGAGCUACAGUCCUGUAUGUGCUUACAUUUCAGACUGAAACACUGCCAUUGAUAGAUGUAGAGUAUGAAUUUAAAAAAGUACAAGGUAAUAAAUUAUAAAUAACAGUAUUGACCUCAUUUCUAAUGUAAUAGAUUUCCCUUUUUAUUUCACCUUAGAGCUAUAGGGUGCUUGAGAGAUGUUAGAUGGACCAUGGACUCACAGGGCAUAAGAUUCUCUUGAAAUGCUUACUGAUGAUCAUCACAGCCCAGACAUGGUCUCAUGUUCAGCUCACAGGCAUCUAGCUUAGAUUAAUGUUUUUCUUUACUCAUUAUUGAAACUACCUUUCCUCUUUUUCUGCACCCAUCCUCAAAAAAAGGCACAUCGAGGUAACCGAGCCGAAAUCUGUCUCACAAAACUUUCCACUUGUGGACAUAGAGCAAUAAACAUGUUUUAUGAAGUUGAGACCUGCAGAUCUUACGGAGAUUAAAAAAAAAAAAGAAAAAAAAAAAAAAAAACAAUUGGACACAUGCAAACUUACACUUAUGCAAAUGCCGAUAGGCUGGUGUGAGAUUAGUGUUCAGUAGGCCUAGUUUAUGGACAGCAGUUAUAGGACAUCUUUUACAGACCUGCACGUUUUCAUCACUCCCAAAACCCAGAAAAAUAGCGGCCCUGCUUUUAUUCUAGGCCACUGGGGCCUUGACACUUUGCAUGUGUAACUAGUGUUAGAGCUCUUUUUCUCUCCUCUCUAGCUGUCUUUCCUUGCUAUGUAGCCUUUGUCCUUCCCUUCCCCCAAUUUGUUCAACCGUUCAUUUAUUUUUAAAACUUUGUGUAAUACAGACCUUUUUUUCUUGCGUUUCUCCCUUCCCCUUAUGUAAGUUUUAUUUUUGUAACUGCAUGUUAAACCGUCACUGAAAUGAUGGAUAUGUAAAAAAAAAAAAAAAAAAGAGAACUCAGCUGCUGAAGCCAUGCAAAAUGUUUUGAAUUGCCCUUAAAAUAUGAAAGAUGUUUUCUGAAUGCUUUAUAUUCUUUCUGCUGUAAAAUAAUAAAAAGGGAGAAAAUGAAAA